CGAGACACCUCACUGACUCACAGCUCGCAUUCAACUCCAGCUAACGAAACAGCCUCCACGGUACUGUUCACGUACGCCAUAACCACACUUCAUCAGUUUCUCAGGAAAUUUGCCGACUAACAACCAAAAUGAAGACCGACAACUACUUGUCUCUGUGCCUGGAGGAGGCUGCCAAGUCGCCCCUUCACUACCGCCAUGGUGCCAUUGUCGUGCGCGGCGGCAAAGUCAUCGGACGUGGCCAUAAUGACUAUCGCCCAGGCUUCAACGGUGGUGCCCUGAAGACUGGUCGUAUUGCCAGUGGGGCCGAGUUAAAGAAGAAGCUCAAGGGCAAGCAGAAAUGUAAGCAGGACAAUCAGCAGCACCAGCAGCAUCAGCAGCAGAGCCACGGCACAUUUGUUCCAUUCGAGAACGCCAAUCCCGGUGGAGGUCACUCCGUCAAUCAGCCGCUGUCGAUGCACUCGGAGAUGAUGGCUAUCUACACUGCUCUCAACGCCUCUUCCACCCUGUCCUCCACGACCUUCUCCCGCGAAAAACCGUGCUUCAAACUACCGCGUGCGGAUAAACGUAAAGCUCGACUACGACGCGCCGUGCUCGAGGCUUACGUCAAGGCCGUCUGCGACACCUCCGCCGGCACUGGCAAGGUGCGGUUAGAGAACAAGAGCAACAACAAGGUCAAGGAGGACAACAACGACAACCACAAUCUGGCCACGCAGACGUUGGCAGAUUUGAGUCUGGCGUUUCACAAGGACGCGGGUGCUCAGAAACAUCAUCAGAACCGGAAAACCGAGAAGAAGAAUGGGAAGAAGAACCGGUACCAGUAUCAGUACGGGUACGGCCGGUAUCGACAGGCACAACAAGCACAGUCUGCGUCUAAGGACGGGAAGCCUUCUGUUUCACGAUUUGAUGAAUGUGAUGUGUUACGAGAGCAUGGUUCUAUGACUGAUGAUGAUGACGGCAAUAACGAGGGCACGAUUUCAACGACCAGCUCUGAGAAGUACCAUCGUGCUCGAGGACGCAAGGACUACAAGCGGUCGGGAAAGAUGAAGUCAAGUGCUGCUUCACAGAACGACCAGGAGUCGACACAGCCAGUACUACUGCCGAUUGGUCGUGCUAUCAAGGCGGAUGAUCGCAAGCAGCAUUCACGAUUGCAAGGAGCGGAUCUGUACGUUGUCAGAAUCGGCUGGACUGGAACGUCGCAAAUCAAGCCGCGGAAGUUGAAAGCCGCUCGGCCACUUCCCCCAUCUCCGCCAGCUAACCCCGACGAUACUACGGAGGAUCUCCUGUUGUCCAGUGUUGACUCUCUGUCAAGUUUGUCAAUCACCAGUACCAAAUCGGCCACCGGCUCGCUGCACGACGAACUAGUAAAUCCCGAACCAUCUCCCUCGCCUUCCCGCGCGGAAAGUGCUGAGCACAUUUGCUCAUUUGACAGAGACAAGAUACACGCAUCAAGGCCCUGCUACCGAUGCGUUGCUUUCAUGCACAAGGUGGGCAUUCGUCGUGUUUUCUGGACCAACGACGCUGGCACGUGGGAAGGAGACAAAGUCUCAGCUCUGAUCGAUGCCAUGGACAGUGGUAUGGAAGAUGUUGCCAACGGUGGUCCAACUGGCAACGGCGUGUUUGUCACGAAGCACGAGGUCCUGAUGCUGAGAAGGAUUAUGGGUGCAAAGGCAAGUACGUGA